CUCAAGCGGAAUGGGGAAUGUGGCCGUUUUCGCCCUGAUUAAAGACAUCCUAGAAGGCAUGAUGGCAUUGCACGACUCUCCUAUCCAGUCUCACGGGAAGCUAAAGACGUCCAACUGCGUCAUAGAUGGCCGCUUCGUUUUGAAAAUCACCGAUUUCGGACUCAGUUUUAACAACGACGACAGCUCCGAUGAAGACAACCCGCAUAGGCACAUCAAGAAGGUUCGCGUGGGGACGCAUCCUCCCUACCGCCCACACCUCGACGUCGACUACGACACACACUCCACGGCUAUCAUCGAGAUUAUGAAGGUGUGCUGGACGGAAGCACCCUCUGCUAGACCCAACUUUCACCAGAUAAAGUCACAUCUGAAGAAGAUCAACGUCGGAUACGAGAAUACGAACAUAUUGGACAACUUGCUCAAUAGAAUGGAACAAUAUGCUAACAACUUGGAAUCGCUGGUCGAGGAACGAACUCAGGCUUUCCUAGAAGAAAAACGAAAGUCGGAGGAGCUGUUGUAUCAAGUGCUACCAAGAUCUGUCGCUAGGCAGCUGACGGAAGGCAAGUCUGUGCAGCCGGAGUUCUUUGAGACGUGUACGAUCUACUUCUCUGACAUCGUCGGCUUUACGUCACUGUCGGCUGCCAGCACUCCGCUGCAGGUAGUUGAUCUACUCAAUGACCUCUACACCUGCUUCGACGGAAUCAUCGGAAACUAUGACGUCUACAAGGUGGAGACGAUAGGUGAUGCGUACAUGGUGGCUAGCGGUCUACCGAUACGUAACGGCAACCAGCAUGCCGUUGAGGUAUCGCGCAUGUCGCUCGCUCUACUCAAUGCCAUCAAGGUGUUCAAGAUCCGCCAUCGGCCCGAUGACCAGCUGAAGCUGCGUAUCGGCCUACACACAGGUCCAUGCGUGACUGGAGUCGUCGGAUUGAAAAUGCCUCGUUACUGUUUGUUCGGUGACACAGUAAAUACAGCCAGUAGGAUGGAGUCAAACGGAGAAGCCAUGAAGAUACACAUCAGCCCCGAUACGAAGGCCGUACUGGACACGUUUGGAAAUUUCGCCAUAGAACUGAGAGGAGAGGUUGCAAUGAAAGGAAAAGGUCUCGUGACGACGUACUGGCUGCUGGGAGAGAAACAGGAGGCUCCACUGAUGGCGUUAGCGAACAAGGCAGCCUACAACCUGACAGUACCGCCAGCCAAUGGCGUACCGGGCGAUUGAGAGACAUGCAGGGAUAAUAAACGACAGCUACCAGUUUUGUAUUUUAUACAAUAUUAGACAAUAGGCGUGUUCACACA